AUGUUAAGUAGAAGAGUAUGGAGACUUUUAGCAUCAGGGCAUCGACCCCCAUUUAGGGCAUUUGCUGAUGAUAAGCCACCUAAAGGGUUCGAAAAAUUUUACAAGAAGAAAAAAGACCCCGAAUCCGAUGAAAAACAAGAAACACAAGAAAAGCCAAAAGAAGAGCCUAAAGAAGAGUCAAAGAAAGAAGAAAAAGCUGACAAAGAAGAAAAAAAUACCUAUAAGUCUUCAUCGGAAAAGCUUAAAUGGUCAUUCGAAGAUAUGAAAUCCGGUUUUAACAAGAAUCCAAACAACUGGAGAAACCUUGGCAUUUUAGCAGCAGCCAGUUUAGGAUAUGCACUGCUUCAAUACCAUCCAGAUGAUGGCGUUCCUUUAAUCACUUUUCAAGAACUAAUCCAAAAAUACAUAGAGACAAAUGCAUUAAAAAAGAUCAAAAUAGAAAUUUCGAAAUCUAAAGACUUAAGUGUCCUCCACGACGUUUACCUUAUAAAUCAUUAUGAAGAUAAAGUCGGCAAGCUUAGAAUUCCUGAUAUAAAUUCCUUUUUAGCUUCCCUUCAUGCUGAGCAAAUUGCAUUGGGGAGGGAUAAAAAAGACUUAAUUCCUGUUGAAUAUGAAGAAAAAGGCCAGCCUAUGGCGGAAUCAGUAACUUCGAUCGUUUCUCCUUCUACUAUUUUCACACUGGCAGCAUUAUUGUUACUUUAUAAUGUUGUUAAAAAAUCAAAGGGAGGCAAUUCAGGCAGUAACGGAGGCUGGGGUGAUAUUUUUGGCAUGACAAAAGCUUCGUUUAAAGUCUAUGGAAUUGAUAAAAAAAUCGACGUGAAAUUUAAAGAUGUGGCUGGGCUGCAAGAAGCUAAAAAAGAAAUCAUGGAAUUUGUGGAAUUUUUGAAAAAUCCGAAGAAAUUUAAAAAGUUAGGAGCGAGGAUACCAAGAGGCGCUUUAUUAGUCGGCCCGCCUGGGACUGGAAAAACUCUUCUAGCAAAAGCAGCAGCAGGAGAAGCGGGAGUCCCAUUUUUUUCGAUUUCUGGGUCCGAUUUCGUAGAAAUGUUUGUUGGAGUUGGAGCAAGCAGGGUUAGGCAGCUUUUCAAACAAGCUAGGGAAAGAGCGCCUUCUAUUAUUUUUAUUGACGAAAUUGAUGCAGUUGGCAAAAAAAGACAUGGAAAAAUGGGCGGAAACGACGAAAGAGACAAUACCCUAAAUCAGCUUCUAGUAGAAAUGGAUGGGUUUUCUACUGAUUCUCAUGUAGUUGUCAUGGCUGGUACUAACAGAAAAGAUAUACUAAUUGACCAAGAAUAGCCCACUAAGGAGCCAUUCUUGGUCUGCCAGAAAAAAAUUUGACAAAAAGAUCCUAAUCUGCCAUUUACCACUGAGUUUUGGUGUUUCCAAAUUUUUUGGGCAAGCCAAAUGCAAAUAAAAAAAAUUGUUCUUUUGCGAUGAUGCAUUUGGCUUGUCAAAAAAAUUUGGAAACACCAAAACUCAGUGGUAAUGGCAGAUUAGGAUCUUUUCUGCUAUUACCACUGAGUUUUGAUGUUGCCAAAUUUUUUGACAAGCCAAAUGCAUCAUCGCAAAAGAACAAUUUUUUUUAUUGCAUUUGGCUUGCCCAAAAAAUUUGGAAACACCAAAACUCAGUGGUAAUGGCAGAUUAGGAUUUUUUGUCAAAAUUUUUUUCUGGCAGACCAAGAAUGGCUCCUUAGUGGGCUAUUCUUGGUCAAUUAGUAUAUCCUUGAUAGCGCACUACUAAGACCUGGAAGGUUUGAUAGGACUAUUGAACUAACGCUACCUGAUAUAGAAGGAAGAGAAGACAUUUUAAAGGUUCAUUUGCAGCCUUUAAAACUCAACCCUGAGCUAAAAACUGAAGAUUAUGCUAGAAGAAUUGCUGCGUUAACACCUGGAUUCAGCGGUGCUGACUUAGCUAACUUAUGUAAUGAAGCUGCCAUCGUAGCAGCCCGAGCAAAUAAGGAAUCUGUUGAUAAAGCAGAUUUUGAGACAGCUUCAGAAAGAGUUAUAGGAGGUCUCGAAAAAACUAAAAAAUUGUCUGGCCGAGAAAAGUCAAUUGUGGCUCAUCAUGAAUCUGGGCAUGCAGUUGCAGGAUGGUUUUUGGAGGGCGCUGACCCUGUAUUAAAAGUUAGUAUUUUACCUAGAUCUAAAGGUGCUCUUGGCUUUGCUGUAUGCAUUCAAAGGGCGUAGCGAACCAACCCACCCUCUUUCCUCUUGUAGCCGACAUCCCACAAAGUGCUCAGGUACAUUAAGGAAGGAUGGUAUUCGGGAAUAUGUAUUCAGCUGGAUUUUCUUGGUUCGGUGAAGCUCAAUGCCAGUUUGGACAAUUGCAUACCUUACUCCAAUGCCAAAAAUUUUUCCUCAGUUGGAGAUAGGUACGGAAGUUGGAAGGGGCUUCCCAACAGAGUCAGUGGUGUUCGUCUGGCCAAACAGGACUAUUCUCUAGCGCGAAACCGAUGUCACGCCCUGGGCUAUCGAUUUCCAUCUUAACUGAAAAUUGAUCAGAAAAUUCAACCUUUUUGAAUUUUAACCCUUUUGGUGUGUACGGCACACCAACUACUGAGCAGUGCCCUCGUUGGGACAGGACAAUGUCAUGAAACGUAAAUUGGGGGAGCAGGAAGAGAAGCAUUUGCAAGUGGGGAUAGCCCAUUAAUGAAAUACAGCAAGCUUUCAAUAAGCCUAAUACUAAUAAUAACUAGCUCUUGGCUUUGCUCAAUUUUUACCAAAUGAAACUAUGCUUUACUCUAAAGAAGAAUUAAUUGAUAAAAUUUGUGCAACAUUAGGUGGUAGAGUUGCUGAAGAAAUUUUCUUUGGAAAAGUCACAACUGGAGCCCAGGACGACUUGUCAAAAGCAACUCAAAUUGCUCAGGCAAUUGUUUCAAGUUUUGGGAUGACUGAAAAGCUUGGAGUUGUUGGGUAUAAUUAUGAGCAGGAGUCGUUCAGCAAGCCAUUCAGUGAGGAUACUAAUCGAAUCAUUGAUGAAGAAGUCAGGACUGUUAUAGACCACUGCUUACAAAAGACAAGAGAUUUACUAUUAAGCAAAAAAGAUCUGAUUGGGAAAUUAGCUGGAGCUUUAAUGGAUAAAGAAAGAGUUACCCAUUCAGAUUUGGUAGAAGUCUUACUCCCCCCUCAGUGAGCGAACAAAACCAUUGGAAAAAUUCCUAUUUUUUGCCCAAAAACCCACCCAGUGAACGAACCAAAAAAUUUUUUUAAUAUAAAAAAUAUUUUAUGAAAAAAAUUUUGAUAUAUAAAUGAUAACUAGUAUAAUGAAAUCACUAGCUAAUUCUGUUUAAUUUUGAACGUAUUGCAUUUUAAAACAAAUUAAAUCAAUAUUUACUUCCCAAUUUUUGCGAAUUGGAAUUUUUUUGAAUUUCGAAAAAAAAUUUUACUUAAAAUUUAUAUAAAAAUUUUAAAAAAAAAAAACUAACUCCCCUCCGUGAGCGAGCAAAAUUUUGUGUUCGCUCACAGAGGGGGUAGUUAGGAGAAAGACCAUUUGAAACUAAAGGCGAAUAUAAAAGAUUUAUUGAAGAAGGCAAAAAAAUUGAAUCAGAAAACCAGCACUAG